UAAGAGACUGGGAUAGCUCAUCUAAACAGAGAAGCCGAAUGCAAAUCGAGAGUUUAGUAUGUUUUGGAGUGAGCGCGCGAUAGGCACGAAACGAUUUAGAUGCUCCGCAGCUCGAGUAACGCCAAAAAUAGGCAAAGAAAUAAAGCGCAAAGCGAAACAUAACAAAAUACAGUUAACCUUAGGCAGGCAGCGAGUGAAGCGCGCGUUACACGUGUUCGAUGCAAGCGAAUAGCAUAAACACAAAAUCCACAUCCACAUCCCCAGAGCCAAUGGCAGCCAGUCCUGUGGAACGCAUUUCGACCGUGCGUCUGCUAAGAAUCCCGCGCGCUGCGCCAAAGAUUGAGGCAUAUGGAUUUCGUUUGACGCGCAGCAAAUGGGAUCCAUAUCCUUGGGUGUGUGAGGUGGCCGCUGGCACACCUGCAUCGCUGCGCGGUCUAAAAGCCGGUGACUGCAUUCUGAAGAUUAAUGACAUAGAUAUUCUCGGUAUGCGCAUAGCUGACGUAGCUAAAAUAGUCAAGAGCCGCAAGGAUCAGGUGACAAUUCUCUGCUGGAACAGCAACUGCCAGCUGGACAGCGAAGAGAACACUAUCUGCUGUGUGCCCAUGCCAAUUGCCCUGAAACGGCUCGUCAUCAUUGUGGACAACAUUUUGCGAGUCAUCGAGUGUCCAGUUUGUAGAUCUCUGAUAACGCCGCCAGUUCUACAGUGCCAGAACGGACAUUUGCUCUGCCUCGAGUGUCGCAUUCGCACCGAGACGUGUCCCAUUUGUCGUGGAUAUUUCACGCCGAUUCGCUCAUCCGUGGCCGAAGAGAUAUAUUCGGUACUCGCUCUGACCUUCGAGCGACUCCUGCCCCAAGGCAAGUUUCGUCAACGGUUCUUCGCCGAUUUCACUUUGGUCAAGGAAAUCAACUGCGAACGUUGCUCGCAGCCAAACAGCAGGAAAACAUCUUCCGGUUCCUUGAAGCACGCAAAGUUCCUGGACAAAUUCUUCACUAUCCAAGCGACUCAUCAAAUAGAGCCCAGUCUGAGCUCAAAGGAAAUGCACACGGCGUACCGACAGCUGGAGCGGGGCCACGAAAACAUUUCCAGCUGA